UUUCAUUUCCAAGCUUCCUGCCCACAUUAAACAUCAUAUAAAAAAUGACUAUCCUCGUUGAGCAACAAGAGGUGACAAUGCCACAAGGUGAAGAGAACAAAGAGCAUUCUCAACAAAUCACCAAUGACCUGGUCCUUGAUGGUGGCUUUCCAUUGCCCAAACCAUUCUCAAGUGCUGGAUUCAUAGCCCCUGAUAUCAAUUCAUAUGGCAAAUCUUUCAGAGAUUAUUAUGGUGAAAGCGAAAGGCAAAAGUCUGUGGAGGAAUUAUACCGACUACAACACAUCAACCAAACAUAUGAAUUUGCCAAGACAAUGAGGGAGGAGUAUGGGAAAUUGAAUAAAGGAGAAAUGGGUAUAUGGGAAUGUUGUGAGCUACUUGAUGAAAUUGUGGAUGCUAGUGAUCCUGACUUGGAAGAAUCUCAAAUUCAGCAUGCUUUGCAGUCAGCUGAAGCUAUUAGGAAGGACUAUCCUAAUGAAGAUUGGUUACAUUUAACAGCUCUUAUUCAUGAUCUUGGGAAGGUUCUUCUUCUUCCAAGCUUUGGUGGACUUCCUCAAUGGGCAGUUGUCGGAGAUUCUUUUCCUCUUGGCUGUGCUUUCCAUGAAGCAAAUACUUACUUCAAGUAUUUCAAGGACAACAUAGAUGCUAAGAAUCCUGCUUAUAACACUAAAAAUGGGAUUUAUGCUGAAGGAUGUGGACUAGACAACGUAAUCAUUUCAUGGGGACAUGAUGAAUACAUGCAUUUGGUUGCAAAGGGAAAUAGCAACACCUUACCUUCGGUGGCACUCUUCAUUAUCCGCUAUCACUCUUUUCACCCUCUGUACGAGGCAGGGGCAUACAAGCACCUGUAUAGUGAAGAGGAUGUCAAAAAUCUGAAGUGGCUUGAGAUAUUUCACAAGUAUGAUCUCUAUAGCAAGAGCAAUGUUCAAAUUGAUGUUGAACAAGUUAAGCCAUACUAUAUGUCACUCAUUGAGAAGUAUUUUCCACCAAAGCUCAAAUGGUAAAUCUUGAAUUGAAGAUAUAAAUUAAGGAAUGUGAAGAUGCAAUAUUAGUGCAGGGACUAUAUGAAAGUUACUGCUUAUUUGUUUUUCUUUUUAGUGUUUUAUUAAUCGUUUGUACUUCAAGAAUAAAUUUCAUAUUACCAAUUUAUGUACAUAUAGCCACAGUGGUGUGUAGCUUGAUAAUAAAAUAUGUGUUAUGUUUGUUACUUGAUCAUUAUGUAAAAUAUUUCAUUUGAUGAUUUGAAUACUA